AGUGUUUAAAUGCCUCCAGGUAUGUCGCUACGUUUCCAGGUGUGGUCACCUGUCCGAAUUUUAUACUUUUUACAGGUAAUUUAAGUAUUUAUAACGUGAUCCGAAUCUCGAGACAUGGCCAGAAAGUUUUCGGAAGUUAGAAUAGGUGCUUAUGUUAUAGCAACGAUUUGUUUAAUAUUGAUUUUUUUGGCAUUUACCACGCCUAACUGGUUAUCGUCCGAUAGAAGAGCUUACGGUGCAGAAUUUGUCAAACUGGGCCUAUGGGAGACAUGUUUUCGUAGUUACGCCAGUGGCUUUGACUUAAAUAAAUCGAAAUAUUACGUAGGAUGCCGUUGGAUACUUGCCGAUGAAUAUCAGAAACUUCGAAAAGAAUUGGAGCCGCCUUUCUUCGUAGCAGUUCAAGUUUUCUUCACUUUCGGAUUCGUAGCAACCGUUACGGGUUCUAUACUGAUUCUAGUCCUUCAUCUCUGUUUGGAUCGUCGAAAAGAUAAACUCGUCAUAUCCGUGAUUGCCUUGCUCAUGUUGAUAGCCGCCUUAUGCUGCACGCUCUCCGUCAUCAUUUUUGGAGCCAUGGGGAACAGAGAAGGAUGGAUGCCAGAUCCUCUUCACAACUACCUCUCUUGGUCAUUUGGACUGGGAGUGGUCGGAGCUUUCUUCUUGUAUGUGGCUGCCAUUCUGUUUUAUUCGGAGUGGCGCCUACUGAAGAAGAGGGAAAAGCGCGAAGACUACGAACGUCCUUACGUUUUCACGCAGACUGGAGUCAAAGAUGCUAACUGUUAGUGUGCAUAUUUUUCCACGUUUUGUCAAUUGCACAGAAUCUCCGUCCGAUGCAGAAUCUCUUUAUCUAAGCAGAAUUUAUUGUCCAAAGAAUCUACUUACUAGUUGAUUUAGCUAUCUCUAAGCAUACAUUCUAUUUCACUCUGCACACAAAACAUGCCAUUAUAAUUUUGUAAUGUAAUAAUGCAUACUUGUCAAUUGUUAUUUUGUGUAAAAUCCAAUGUUUGCUCUAUUGUGUUUGAUAUUUGAUUCUUUAUGAUAUAUGGAUCUAUAAGUAUAUUAUGGAAGUUUAAAAAUAGAGAAACAUCUUAAUAAAUACCAAAGUGUUCAUUCCUUCUACUUGUUGAGCCUAUGUCAUCGUAUGACACAUGAUGAUGCAGUUUUCGUUGUAAAGCACAUAAGAUGCAAUAGAAUGCAUGUUUAACGAUAGCUGUUGAUUUUUAUAUAUAUAAUUAAAGUACAAUAGCUAAAUGAAGAAAAUAUUUUCUCAAUAGUCUGAUCUGACAGGGAAAAACUUUUACAUAUAUAUAUAUAUUAUUAUUAUUAUUUUAAUUUUUAUCAUUCUAGAACCAGAAAUAGGAUAUUUUUUGAAAAGAUUAAUCUUGUAUAACGAUUGAUACCAUUGCAUCCAUUAUCAUACUUUCAUCAAUUUAUAUUUUAUUGUAAAGAUAAUUCAUAAUUAAAUAAAUUUUUAAACUGUAUUUUAAUGUUUUUAUUUUAGAAUUACAACUUGUAAUAAUA